CAUUAAUCAAUAACGUUUCUAUAAUGAAAAGGGGAAAAAUGGACCCGGAGACAGAAUCUCGGCGCGAGAACUUUGCGCGCUACGACGCAAGCCGACCCUUCCGCCGAGCAACCUCGUUUGUUCAUCAUCCGAUGGUUACCUUUUCGCCGACGGCGCUACAGCAGACGAUUUUCCAAGCUAUUCAGGACAAAUUAUUAUCUAUCUCUGAUCAGAGAGAGGAAGACAAUUUACUUUGAAAUGAGAAGGCAACGAAUUACAAGAUGAAGAUAGUAACUUACAACGUGAAUGGUCUAAGGCCACGCAUCGCACAAUUUGGUUCACUUCUUAAAUUGCUCGAUUCCUUCGAUGCCGAUAUCAUUUGCAUUCAGGAAACGAAAUUAAGAAGGCAGGAAUUGCGAGCGGAUUUAGUCAUAGCCGAUGGUUACGAAACAUUCGUUUCUUGCACUCGUACCUCUGAGAAAGGUCGAACCGGUUACUCAGGGGUUGCUACAUUUUGCCGUGUUAAGUCAGCAUUUUCGAGUAAUGAAGUAGCAUUGCCGGUUCGUGCGGAGGAAGGUUUCACAGGUCUUCUAGAAAGUUCACAGGAUGGAAAACGCACAAUGGGUGCAGUUGCAGAAGGACUUGAGGAAUUUUCGAAAGAGGAGCUCCUUCAAUUAGACAGCGAGGGGCGUUGUAUAGUCACAGAUCAUGGCCAUUUUGUUCUCUUCAACAUUUAUGGGCCUCGAGCUGAAAGUGAUGAUUCAGACAGGGUGCUGUUCAAGUUAAAAUUUUACAAUGUGCUACAGAAAAGAUGGGAGCAUCUUCUGCAUAUGGGAAAAAGGGUAUUUGUCGUUGGUGAUCUUAAUAUUGCACCUACUUCAAUGGAUCGCUGUGAUGCAGGACCAGAUUUUGAGAAUAAUGAGUUUCGGAGAUGGCUGAGAUCUUUGCUGGUGGCAUGUGGUGGCCGUUUCAUCGACGUUUUUAGAGCAAAACAUCCUGAUCGAAGAGAUGCAUAUACAUGCUGGCCUCAAAGUACAGGUGCGGAAGUAUUCAAUUAUGGGACAAGGAUCGACCAUAUAUUGUGUGCAGGACCAUGCUUACAUCACGACAACAGCCUGCCGGGCCAUAAUAUUGUAGCUUGUCAUGUUAUGGAAUGUGACAUACUGUCACAGUACAAACGCUGGAAAGAUGGAAAUUCUUUUAGGUGGAAGGGAGAGCAGUCUGUUAAAUUAGAAGGUUCUGAUCAUGCACCGGUUUCUGCAAGUCUACUGGAAAUCCCUGAUACUCCUCAACAUAGUACUCCAUCUUUGUCUGCAAGAUACAACCCCAAGAUUCACGGGCUUCAGCAAACUCUUGUGUCAAUGCUUCUAAAAAGACAAGCUGCUGAAGAUUCAGCACCGUGCAAAAAAUCAAACUCAUCUUCACGUGGGAACAUCAUUUUAGGGAAUUGUUCUCAAGGAUUUAAUGGAUCAUUUAAUAAUGGUGACCAACCGGGUGUUCUUCCAAGUGAAUCUUGUUCUUUGACAAACCUAGAAACAGAAGAUUCUCUAUUAAAAACAGGUGAGUGUGCUGGUGGAAGUUAUGCCGAGGAGGCUGCAUGCAACACUUUAAUUUCGCACGAGUCUCUACAUGCGAAAGCAUUACCUGAGAAUGAAACUAGGAAAAGAGUUAAAAGGUGUUCCCAGAUGUCAUUAAAGUCAUUCUUCCAGAAAAAUUCAGUUGUUAGCAACGAUGCUAACAGCUCUAAUGCAGAUUCUCCAAUCAGCAAAGCAGAGACCUCCGAGUCUAAUCCUAUUGAAAUUCCUAGAUCAAAUACUCAAAGCGACUCAGGUCGACAGUUAGAAGCAUAUCAGGAUCAGUCUCAAAUUAAUGCCUCUCCUGUAGAGAAAGAAAAGAGUGGUGUUGCCUUGCUGGAAUGGCGGAGGAUACAACAGGUUAUGCAGAAUAGCAUUCCCCUUUGCAAGGGCCAUAAGGAGACUUGUGUUGCUCGAGUAGUUAAGAAACAAGGUCCUAAUAAUGGCCGCAGAUUUUAUGUUUGUGCUCGUGCGGAGGGUCCCGCAUCUAAUCCUGAAGCAAAUUGUGGUUACUUUAAAUGGGCGGCUUCCAAAUCUCGGCAUAAAUAAUCCGAUAAUUGCUGGUGUCGUAAUACAGAAUUGGCCAAAUUCAUUCCUCAUCUUUCGCUUCCUACCAAUAUUCAAUUUUGUAUCUCUGGAUGGAUGCUGACUCGCAGACCAUCAAUUCUGUAAGAGUUAUUGCCCUUUCUCUCUCACUUUUAGCGCCUGCAUAUAUGAACUCCAAUCAUUUAGCUAGUUGGAAUCAGCUCAUGUAGUAGCGUCACAUGCACAUAAAAUUAUAAUUUCUUUUUCUUAAUGGCAAGAUGAAUGAGAAACCACUGUUGUUUUUUAAAACAUACAUACACAAAACCAACUUUUUGCUUAGAGGGAAAAGAAAGAUUACCUGAAUCUUGAUCCAACUAUCCUGGCUUUUUAAUGGUUUGAUAAAAAACGGUGAUUUAACUUAUCUGCAAUUAGCAUGGUGAUUAUUUGCAAUAUGGGAUCCUUCCUAAGAUCUUCCCACAAAGUUGCAGGAUAGUUUGCCGAUAAAAAGUGUCAAGGAAAGCUAAAAAGGUAUGACAACGAACUGCCAUUUCGCCAUUAACUAUACUGCUGAGCUUCAUUUUUUAACAAAAAAAAAUCUAAGCAUGAUUCACAACCCUUCAAGGCUCUGAUAUUUCUUUUUGUUUGCAUGUAAACUUGCUGCACUAAAUUAGGGAUCUUUUGCAUAUAUAUUCUAUUCAAAACCUAAAUGAAGAGAUAACCCUUCAAACAUUCCUCCUCUUCUUCCCCCAGAAACAUGAAUUCAGUGGAUGAUCUCGGUUACAGCAAUAGACGCCUUCUUAAAGAUUCUUCCUUAUUUGAACAACCAUUUGGAAACCGAGAAAGAAUUGUUACUAUAUGUGCGACUUCUGCCAUUGCAGCCCUGUUUGUAAUCUCUUUGUUCAUCUCCCUUUUCACCUGCUUUCGGCGCCAACUCAACUCUCCUUCCUCUAAACCUCUCUCAUCCACAUGUAGCAGCCAGUUACUCACUACCAUGCCUGUAUAUAUCUAUGGCGAUUCGUCUUCAAAUAUGCCGUCGUCUUAUUGUUUUACAUCGUUUGAAUCCAGGAACUGUGUCAUAUGUUUGGCGGAGUUUGAGUAUGGAGAUGAACUCCGUGUUCUGCCUAACUGCAAGCAUGUGUUUCAUAAAGGUUGCAUUGAUCAGUGGCUUCCAUUGAGGUCGUUGCUUUGCCCACUUUGUCGAGAACAUACAAUCAAGGAGCUUGAGACCAUGAGGAGACCCCUUUGUUCAAACUAUUGGGCCCGAAAUCCUGCGUUCAUAUUGGCCUUCGGCCUCGGUAGUAAUGCCCCACUGCCCUCUCAAUUGUAAUUUGGAUAUCGAGUAAUUACAAAUCUACCCUAAUUUAUCUAAACAAGAUUAGCAGCUAAAAAGGUUACAACUAGACGAACUCAGAACACACCAAUAGCCAGCUAAAAUAGUUACAACUACACAAACUCAGAAAAUACAUCUGAACUAAUAUAAUAUUGGUUAGUAAGUAUUUAGUAUAGUUAUUGUUAGUCAAUCUAUACUUUAAUCAA